AUGGCUCCUAUCACCAAGACUCUCGCCCUUGCUGGCGCUUUCUUCGCCUUGACUGGCUACUCGGCUCCCGUCGCCAAACGUGCCGUCGUUUGGGAGACCGUCACGGAUAUCGUCUGGACCACCGUCGAUGUCACCACCACCGUCUACGCUCAGGCCGCUCACCCUACUACUGUUGUCCCUGUCGUCGCCAACGCCGUCCCUACCACCACCGCUGCCCCCGUUGUUGAGGCCUCUACCAAGGAGGUAGAGAAGGCUGCGCCCACCACUACCUCCUCUUCCACCACUACCGCUGCCCCUGCCCCUACUGUUGAGGCUCCUGCCAAGCAGGUGGAGCAGGCUGCGCCCACCACCACCUCCACCACUGCUCCUCCUGCUCCUCCUGCUCCUCCUGCUCCCACCGUGGAAGCCGAGACCUCUACCACUCCCGCUCCCGUCGUACAGGCUGAGACCUCUUCUACCGCUGCCCCUACUGCCACGCGUUCCGCCAACACUGAGACCACUAGCAGCGGCCGCACCGGCGUCUGCUCCGAGGGCUCCCCUUGCGACGGUGAGAUUACCUUCUACGACACUGCCACCACCAGCACCAACCCCAGCUCCUGCGGCACCACCAACGAUGGUACCGUAGAGAACGUUCUCGCCCUGCCCCACGGUAUCAUGGCCGAUGGUGACUGCGGCAAGACCGUCACCAUCACAUACAAUGGCCAGACCGCCACUGGUAUUGUGGUGGACAAGUGCAUGGGUUGCGAUAACAGCUCCGUCGAUCUGUCUCGUCACCUCUUCGGUCAGCUGGCCCCCAUGGACAAGGGCCGUGUCUCUGGUGCCAAGUGGUACAUCCACUAA